AUGCUCUUCUACAAGGAAAACCCAAAUAAGCCUAUUUUUUACUUCUCUUUUGUACAUAUGAUUUUAAAGAUUAAUGGUAUUAAGUCCAAGGAAGAGGACUUGGUCGAAGCUCCGAAGAUUUUGGAUGAAUGUGGAGUUUCCAUGAUGAGGUACUACAGGGACACCGAUGGCAUGUACUAUUAUCUUGAGAAAUCUGGCAGGAAGGUAUAUGAUGACAAGAUUGUGGAGCCUAUUAAGGAUCCUUCUAAUGAGACAAGUGAAUCCUCUUUUGGAUUCUUAUCUGUUGAUGUGAAGACUUAUCUUGAUGAGAUGGUUGAGAAGAUUUUGGUUGAAAACCAGAUUAGGGAAUAG